CCCAGAAGCGGCUUUGAGCGAAACUGUCAUGGCUGCGCCCGUGUGUAGCCAGGGGGUACCGUUCUGUGGAUAGUCCACAGCAUGUACCCUAUUUUAGGAAAACGUCAAAUUUUGUUACAUUUUGAGUAUUUGGAAGUGUGCUAGUGGAGAGCAAAAUGAGUAACAAAGCACAUUCCUUGCUAUGGAACAUCGGACAGUUGCUUCCAAGAAGCAGAGUUUUGAGGAUAUAUCCUCUGGGAUUUUGCAGACCAGAAGUUGUUUAUUCAAAAUGGAACCCAAGAAACCGCCUGUUAAAUGGUUUUGAGUAUGGACUGCGGCCAUCUGUUAGAUGCCUCUUUCAGGGUAUUUUGAAAUCAGUAGAUGGUUGUACUCAAACUAAAGGCGUAAGACACACAGUUCUCUUUAAAUUUGGCAAUGUGCUUUGUCCUAGAAGACUGUCCUCUGACUCAGAACAUUCUCUUGUCUCUGAUGGGGCAUCUGAUCAUGAUUUAAUGAAAUUAAACUUCCAUCAUACCGCCAGUGAAAAUGUGCUCACCAAGAAAAUGAUACCAACCCCUAUGAAUCAUAAAAAGCUGGCCCAGGAGUGUAACUCCUUGAGUGAUGUGCUCGAUACAUUUUCAAGAGCACCCACAUUUCCUAGUAGUAGCUAUUUCUUAGCAAUGUGGACAAUUGUCAAAAGGAUACCUGGAGACAAGAGACGCUUUGAGAUACAGCUGAUGUUCCGUCACCCCGCCUUUCAUCAGCUGUGCGAGCACAUGAUGAGAGAAGCCAAGAUUAUGCACUAUGACCACCUUCUCUUCAGUCUGAAUGCUAUCAUGAAGCUUGGAGUCCCUCAGAAUACUCUUAUGGUUCAGACGUUGCUGAGGACGAUUCAGGAGCGCAUCAAUGAGUGUGAUGAGAGAUGUCUUUCAAUUUUGUCAACUGCUUUAAAGACGUUGGAGCCGUGCAUGAAUGUGAAUGCGCUUCAAGCAGGAUUGCGAAUCCUAGUUGAUCAGCAAGUUUGGAAGAUAGAGCACAUCUUCACAUUACAAACAGUGAUGAAAUAUAUCGGGAAAGACACGUCAUUUGCUCUUAAGAAGAAACUGGAGAUGAAAGCCUUGAAGGAGUUAGGCAGAUUCUCUGUCUUGAACAGCCAGCACAUGUUUGAAGUCCUGGCUGCCAUGGAUCACCGCUCCGUUGUCCUUCUGAAUGAGUGCAGUAAGAAGGUCAUGGAUAAUAUCCACGGGUGUCCUUUUAAAGUCUUGAUCGGCAUACUGCAGUCCUGUAGAGACCUGCGAUACCAAAAUGAAGAUCUCUUCAAGAGCAUAGCUGACUAUGUGGCUACAACUUUUGAAAUCUGGAAGCUGAAACAGGUCAUCUUUUUACUCCUAUCAUUUGAAGAUCUUGGUUUUCGACAUCCUGGUUUGAUGGACAAGCUUAUGGAGAGGGUAGUGGCGGAGCCUGGUGCGCUAAACCUGAAGAACAUUGUUUCUGUCCUUCACGUGUAUUCUUCUCUCAAUCACGUCUGCAAAGGCCAAAACAGAGAGUUCCUAGAAGCUAUGACCAGUGCUCUGACUGUCCAUCUUCACCGCAUCUCUUCUGAAAACCUACUAAAUACCGUGUAUUCGUUUUGCCUGAUGAAUUAUUUCCCCCUGGCCCUGAUUAACCAGCUUACUGAAAAGAACAUCAUCAAAGAAUUGCUGACUUCAGGUGACACUGAGAAGAAUAUUCAUAAACUUCAUGUUUUGAAUACUUGUCUGAAACUUGAUGAACACGCUUGUUAUAAAGCUACACACAUACCAUUGCCGCAGCUGCCGCUGUCCCCGGCGCACCCCAAUGACAAGGUUGCAGAGGUGCUCAGCAGCCUUUUAGAAGGUGAUGGAUGCUUCUCAAGAAAUGUGCAGUUGCCACAUAAUUAUCACAUUGAUUUUGAAAUCAGAAUGGAUAAUAACAGGACUCAAGUAUUUUCAUUUUCCGAUGUAGAUGCAACUUCUGCCACAAAUAUGCAAAGAGUAGCAGUGCUGUGUGUUCCUAAGUCUGUUUAUUGUUUGAAUUCAAGUCACCCCAGAGGAUUGUUUGCAAUGAAAAUACGACAUUUGAAAGCAAUGGGUUUCCAUGUGAUCUUGAUCCAUACCUGGGAGCUGAGAAAGCUGAGGAUGGAGGAUGCAGUAGCUUUUGUGAAGGCGAAGAUCUACUCCCCCGAAGCUCCUCCCACUACUGAUGCAACUGUGUAAAGCAUGGGUUACAGCAAGCAGGAGCCUCUUCACACUGGAGCACACAAAAUGACUUUAAUAAAGGCUGUAAUUCAAUUA